AUGCGGCUCUUGCGCAUAGAGCCUGAUGACACAUUCAGCCUUGUCGAAUACUUUAAGAAAGAUAUACCCCCAUACGCGAUCCUCUCGCACACCUGGGGCGCUGACAGCGAGGAAGUCACGUACAAGGACCUGGUUGAAGGCAAAGCGACGUUGAAAAUUGGGUAUAAGAAGCUGCAUUUUUGCGGCAAGCAGGCGUCGCUUGAUGGUCUGGAUCACUUCUGGGUGGAUUCUUGCUGCAUCGACAAGGCGAGCAGCGCAGAGCUGUCAGAGGCUAUAACCUCAAUGUUUCGAUGGUAUCGAGCCAACCAACACUGGAAGUCUGAUUUCCAUAAGAGUAGAUGGUUCACUCGCGGCUGGACUUUGCAGGAGUUGCUCGCCCCCAUAUCUGUCGACUUCUUUUCUGCUGAUGGGAACGUGCUCGGUAACAAAGGAUCUCUUUCACAUCAGAUCAAUCUUGCUACCGGUAUACCCAUCGAGAUCUUUUGGAAGAAAAGGUCUUUCCUCUCAUACAGCGUUAGCGAGCGAAUGUCCUGGACAAAAGGCCGUCAAACCAAACGCGAAGAAGACGCAGCUUAUUGUCUGUUUGGAAUGUUCGACGUCCAGUUACCUGUCAUGUAUGGAGAAGGGGAGAAGAAGGCUCUUGUAAGGUUGCAGAAGGCUAUCCACGAGAUAUCCAGUUACCCACCGCCGCCACCACCUCCUCCUCCGCAGCUUCCCUAUGCGCAACUGCUUCCGCUACCUCCACCGCCACCACCACCACCUCCUCCUCCACCUCCGCAUCACCAGUAUCUUUCGGGUAUGGAGCCACCCACUGACGCUCAUCGGUCCCUCCGAGGACGAUCGAGCAGACUAUAG